GUUGUGGAGACAUUUGUCAGAGAGCUUCUACGACCAGUCUUUGAUAGACUGCAGUGUUUAGCGGGAGACCGAAACCCUAGGGGAGUGCCAUCGAAUGCAGCAAGAGAUGAGCUUGGAGGGAUCAAAAGUUAUCGUUCCCAGGAGCUUUAGAUUACUGGAAGAGCUUGAAAGGGGAGAAAAGGGAAUUGGUGAUGGAACUGUCAGUUAUGGGAUGGAUGAUGCGGAUGAUGUGUACAUGCAAUCAUGGACGGGGACUAUCAUUGGUCCUUCUAAUACUGUUCAUGAAGGGCGCAUCUAUCAGCUGAAAUUAUUUUGUGGCCACGAGUAUCCAGAAGAACCACCGAGCGUGAAAUUCCAAUCAAGAAUAAACAUGAGCUGUGUGAAUCAAGAGACGGGUGUGGUUGAACCGUCUCUUUUCCCCAUGCUUGCCGAUUGGCAAAGAGAGUACACAAUGGAGGACAUAUUAACUCAACUCAAGAAAGAAAUGACCUCUCCACAAAACAGAAAACUCUCUCAGCCUCCUGAAGUUGGUUUGUGUUCCAGGAAACGAGGAGGGGAGGGUGGACCCGAAGGGACUAGUGCUGCGGUGUUGUAUUCUGUAAGUAGAGCAUCCCCCAGAUGCGAUUAUUACGUAUAUAGUUACCUAAAUUAACCAAACCUUCUGCCUGUUAAACGGAUUGAAUCGUUGGUUAAAAUGUAAUCUUCAACCUACUAAAUCCAGUGGCAAAAGAAUGCAUUGGGGCUACUGAUUAUUAUUACUUUAUGUAUCAACUCAUCAAUCCUGAUGCCUAAUGUUUGUUAUUAGUUUAUGUCCC